AGCGCCGAGCCGAGCGGAAGCAGUGGAACCAGCGGCGCACAGCUCGCAUUCUCCGAGCGGUGGCCGAAGCGACAGCGCACGCUUGCUGCUCUCUCCACCAGUCGUAGUCGUAGUUGUCGUUGUCAGUCGCCCGCAGCAGCCGCGCUCGAGCAUACGCACGCCAUGUCGCCGACGACCAGCAGCAGCAACUCGUCCGCCCCAGCCGCCGGCGGCACCUGCUGAUCUGCCGCAACAAUCGCGAGUCGUCGCCGUCGCGACCAACACAGAGACAGAGUUCGCGAGUGGAGCCUUGCGCGCGUGGACAGGCGGGCCCCCAGGCAAGCAGCACCCAGCAGAGAUGUCGACCGGCAAGAGGCUGGCCAAGCGCAGCAUCAUCGGCACGCGCGUGUGCGCGCCCGGCGACGACGGCAAGUACUACAGCGGCGUGAUCAGUGCCGUGAACACGCCGUCCAACGGCAAGCAGGACUCGGCCAACGGGGCGCUCAGCAUCACGCCGCAGACGCGCUACCAGGUGCGUUUCGACUCGGUGCCGGCCACGGCGGCCGGCCCCGGCAGGGCACCGGACUCCAAGCGCGAGUUCCUCGACCGCGACCUCAUCGGGCCCGGCUUCUCCAGCGUCUGCGGCGCCCGCCUGCUGGCCGGCCAGAAGGUCUUUCUCACCCACAAUGGGCGCGAGGUGCAGGGCAGCGUGCUGGAGCAUCGCGAGCACCUGGACGAGGUCGACGUCGUGCUCGCGCCCAACAAGCAAGAGAGCAACGUCACCUUAACCAAGCGCAUCGACGAGGUGCGCCUGCUGGAGUCGCGCAAGAGUGCCAGGCUCGCCGACUCGGACACCGACUUCGCCCGGCUCGCCGACAUGGGCAGCGACCGCAAGCGCACCGCCUCGCAAGCCACCAUGGACCGGCAGGAGAGGAGCAACUCGCCCUAUCACCCCAACAAUGGUCGAAACAUGAACUGGAAGCCGCGGCGCCGCACUCAAUCGGAGCAGAGCCACAGCACGGACACGUCCACGGACAACAACGCCGUGGAGCCUGCCGCCUGCCUGCGAAAGGACAAGGCCAACAACGGCCGGACGGGCUACAACGACUACCAGCACGACUUUGCCGACUGUUCCUUCAAUCUGGAAUUGGACGGCAGCAAGCUGAAUUGCUACCCGGACAGCAAUCUGUCGGCCGACGACGCCUCGGCCGCGCUAGUGCUCAUGUCGCUCGCAUCGCCCAGUAAGCAGACCCAAUUCGAAAACUACUGCUGCUCGCAGUACAGAAGACUGGGCACCAUCUCCGAGUCGUCGUCCAGCGGCAACAGCAACGCAUCGGUCAGCGAGAGCGAAAAUUCCUGGCGCUCCGACAGUCCACAGUCGGCCGAGGAGUUUUACGCGGCGCACCCGCACUCCUCGUCCGCGCCCAGCAGCCCCAAGGACGAGGGCAUCGUGCCGGACCUGAGGUACCCGCACAAGUACAGCAAAAAGCGCAGGGCGACGGAGGCGGUGGACAGGUUCGAGGACGAGCGAGUACUGUCGCGCUGCAGUCCCAAGAGCAUCGCUCACAGCAAGGUCCAUCCGCAAGUGGUCCGGCAGUUCAUCGUGCAGGCGAAGGCGAAGGCGAAGCGAGGCAGACCGCCGGCGAAUCGGCGAGCGCGAAGCCCGAGCCCCGUUGCGUCGGCCCCGUUCCAAGACGCAGCCUCGGACGACGAGGACGUCGAGAACUACAACGACCUGUCCAACACGGAGAUGUUCUCCAACGGCUACGACCACUGCGCCAAGUACAGAUGCAAUUGGCGCGAAGGAAAUAACGGGCCGAUAUGCGGCUUAAAGGGCGACUUCGUUUCGCUCUCUAGGCACGUUAUCCAGCGCCACUUGGAUGACAAGGACGACAAUCCUGAUUUUUAUGUCGUCGAAGACGACGAGUCUAGCUUGAGGAACGUCGAGACAAAGCCAACCGAAUGCGAGCUCCCCACCAAGUCGCAUUGGGACAUGGUGAAGCCGAUGACCGCCGAUCCCGCGUACAUGAAAAUGCAGACUCAUCGCAACCAAAUGAUCUUUCGUCCCGUCGAAUCACUGAUUCAUGCCGGACGAGAGUUCGUCUGUCAGGAGUACAGGGAGAGCAGCGGCAGCCUCUCGCCACGUGAAAACGUGGCACCGCAGCAGAACAUGUCACCACCGCGGCCAGUCAACAAGCCGGUAAAGGCGAAAGCGUUGCAGCAGCGCCAAUUUAUCGCCGGCAGCGUCAAUGGCGGCAACGGCGCUGGCGGCGCAGCCAACAUCAUGAACAACAACAACAACAAUUAUCAUACCAGCAAUCAGAUGGCGAAGAUGGGCCAGGUGAAUGGCAAUCUGGGCAAGAUGCAGCAGCCGUCACAGACCACGCGACGCACGCGCAGCGACGUGAAGAAGUGCCGCAAGGUCUACGGCAUGCACCGCAAGGAUAUGUGGUGCACGCAGUGCAAGUGGAAGAAGGCGUGCCAGCGCUUCCUCAAAGAGGAGACCAAUGACGCAUCCGACGAGGCCGCCGCUGCCGCCGCCGCCGCAGCCGCCGCCGCCGCCGCCGCCGCCGCCGCCGCCGCCGCCGCGACCGCGACCGCGACCGCGGAGAUUCCGCCAGCCGACCACCCUGGCAUCAGAUAGAUCGAGGCCAAACGAUCCACAUCGUCGAUGUUGGAUCACCAAUAUCAUCAGCUGUACGUGCCGCUGCCGUAGCAGCGCGGACAAUGAGCGCCUCGACUGCCGUAUCACAAGCAAACGACAAAUACAAACAAUAGCCGACAUGUCCGCGCUUAAGCACGUACGCACCGAUGAUGCCUCGGUCAUUCAAAGCACAAAUCUUAAUUAAUUGUUUAUUUAAUUGAGUCGAGAUAAGCUCUCCUGCUCGUCGCGGAUCGCGAUACCUUACGUAUAACUAGCGAACAUACAUAUUAGGGAGCUUCUCUGAUUGUUCUCAGUGUCGACGCCGCUGUGGCCGUGACUCCGGCCUCGCUCGCUCAUCGUCCGCUCCGACAUAUGGAUCGAAGCGCGAGACCAGGGCUACUUAGUUCAAACAAAUAACGUAAACUAACAAAUACACAGCAAUGAUCACAUUACUUAGAAGCUGUACUUCUCGAUACUACGGCAUAUAUAUAUAUAUGAGAUAUACCUACGUGCAUCUUCUAGAUAUAUACGUUAUACAUCGGUAAGCUGUGAAACGUCAAUGUAUAGUAGUGUUUUUUGCGCAAGUCUCGAUGGACACAGACACGAUAUGAAAAAGUACACGAAAACACACUCAUACGGCUCAAAACAGUGAUAACGAUGCGUACUGGAACACGAAACGAGUAUAAAUAGCGAGACGCUGUCCGAGGAACCACAGCUCCUCCGUUGCAUCAAGUAUGCAGAGCAGUGACAUAAGGUGCUCACGAGAGAGCGCGUCUCUUAAGUCAAAUUUAUUCUAGCUAGAGCAAAUUAUCAGAGAAAUAAGGGGGAAACAAAAUAAAGAGAAGCGUCGACCGGUGGAGUAGCGCAAGUGGCUCCCGCGGCGCUCUCGAUAUAGAUGACGAUUAUGCGAUACAGAAAAAUAAUAGAAAAUCCUGCAGCAAAAAAAAAAAAAAUAUAUAUAUAUAUAUUACAUAUAUAAAUAUUAUAUACGAUAAAGCGACUUGUGAUAUUUUACGUAAUUUGUCAGAAAGCCCCGCGCUGUCGGGGCCAAAACAAGUUUCAAUGCAGUACACACAUUUCCUAGCGCGCGCGAGGUAUUGACAAUUUGAAGUGGGGAAGACGAAAUUAUUAGUUCUUUCUUCUUACCGACUCUUUGACACCAACAAUAUGCAUACUGCCAGAGCGUAAGGAGUAAGUUUGCUGCGCUCUAAAUAUCGAGAUGCGCGCCGCUUAGACACUUGUUUUUAUGGGAAAUAGGAGAAAUUUGAGGAAAUUGGACUUUAUUUUUCUCUCUUUUUUUUUUUUUUUUUUUUUUUUGUUUUCGUAUUUGUUGUUUUUUUUGCGUAAUAAUUUGUGUGUGGAUAUAAAAUAUUCGUCUCGAACCGAUCGUACGAGCUGUGAUCGUUUUUUAAACCGCAAAAUUAUUUCAAAUCGUUCUUUCGCUUGUUAUAAUUGAUUUCGAUUAAGCAGAAUUGGAGGUUUUUGCUGUGUAUUUUGAAUAUUAUCGUGUGUUUUCUGAAUAAAUAAGAACAGUCUUUCACGAGUAGUCACCAUCUCGUAUUUUUCUAGGGCUCGUCUAAUUUUUUCUUGAAUAAAUAACGGUUUAUUGUAGAACCAGCGGUUACAAUGAACAAUUUUUUAUAUUUGCAUAUUUUUUUAAAACAGGACAAAAAAAAGGCAGUAGUUUCGCGUUCGUUUUUUAAUUUGCCAUUUGAUGCGAUUUUUCUCUCUGUACAUUGAUAAUUCUGUAAGAAAUACAUUAUAUGAAUAUAUCUAUUUACGAUGUCGAAUCUAUGAUAUCAAUUGAAGGAAAUUUUGGCAGAGCUUCAAGUACGAUUACGAUUAAUUGAUGUACAGAAUUCAGCAUGAUAUAUAAUAAUCGUUUUUAAGAGUUCCAACCAUAAUCGAUGUGCGUGAAGAUAAGAAAAAAUUCGGUUUUGUUCAACGGAUGUAUGUUCGUAUACAUUGAAAAUGUAAAUAUAAUCGAAGCUCUGUGAUUGUAUAUAAUAGUGUAGAUGUGAUAAAACUCGUUGACGAUGAUUUUUAGUGGUAUUUUAAUAUUGAAACUUAUGGAUGAAAAUCAUGUUUUCGAGAGAGAAUAAAAAUUAGUAUUAAGUAACAAUGCAAGCGAAAGCAAAUAAUGAUUAUUAAGCAAAAGAAUAUAUAUUAUACAUAUAUACAUAUAAAAAACACGACUGAUUCGUGCGAUCGAUUCGACAAUUCGCAAUACACCAUAUUUGAGCUGAGAGUUGAUAUAAUUAGGAUGGAAAGAGUCGAAACAAAAGGUUUCAAAUGUCAUUGAUACCUCGAUGGCCUGGAUGUUACAAUACCGAACCGAUCUCAGUAAUGUAAUGAAAAGAAUAGCAAAAAUUGCAAAGCUUGAGCUGCAAUUUUUCGAGACGUAUGGUCGACCCGAAUGGUCCUCGAGUCGAUCAAGAUACUUCACUGCCCAACUUCUCGCCAAAUUGGAUUAACGAGAAGAAUUUAACUAUAAGGCGUAAGCAAUAUAUAUGUUAUAGAUUAUUAUUGUAGAUGUGCAUCAGUUGCAUUAAUUAUGUUUAUUAUUAUUAUACAAUUGGAUAUGAGCUACUGCCAAAAUAUUGAAAAAUUAUUUACUCUUUAACCUCUAUUUUUUGAAAUUUUAGUGUUUGUUGUGUAUAUGUACACGUACAUAUAUCGGAAAAAAUAUUUUAUCACUUCAAUCUAUUAUGUUGAUCAUGACUUUUCUUUUUUGACAAAAAAAGGGCAAAGCAAAAUUGGAGGAUAUCGUUCAUUUUAUAUACUCUACUCUUCCAAUAUUCUUGAGACCUACCGAGGGUUUAUCGCCUUUGGUCGACCAUACGACGCAUUAUACACACGUUAUAAUUUAGUACGAUUUGUUAGUUUUAAUUUCAUAUUUGAAAUAUUAUUUGUAUUACUAUUAUAUCUUAUUAUUAAA